AUGCAUUCCUCAAUUCUCCUGCUACUUGCCUUCACCUCUAUUACUGCUGCAUGUCCUGGACUUUUUGGAAUGAUGGGUGGAGGUGGAGGCUGUGGAUGUGGAGCACCACCGCCACCAUCCUGUGGCUGCGGAGGACGGAAAAAGAGAUCUCUUCCGGAAAAGCCGACAUUUUAUAAAAUUUCUGCUUCAGGUGAAGAUUUGGUGUGUAACACUCCGGAAUUGAAGAAAAUUAUAGUGGAGAACAUGGAAUCUUCCGCAAUAGAAUCUUCAAAAUCUGUAAAUGCAGUACUGGAAACCCGCCAGCUCAACCGAUUCGUGGUGGUGUGCUCCGAGAAUCCGUUUGCUUUCACAGCCCGCGCCGACUCAGCGUACUGUGGAGCUGCAAAAAAUGGACACAACUGCCAUGCGUUCGCUAUGUGA